UGUUCACCUACUUGAAGGCACAACGGCUUAGUUUUUUUAGUUGAAGUUGAUAAGGCAGUCGAAGCGAAAUAUGUGAGAGACAUCCCGGCAGAUACACUUAUAGCGGACUGAUAUUCUUCUUUCGUCAAGUUGCUGCAGUAAUAUUGGUAAGUGUGUAAAGCAUACGAAAAUGGCAUUAUUGUUAAUGAAAAAUAUCAUUCCAUGAUAUCCUUGUCGUAAUUAAUCCUUCUUGUGUUUUAGCGACUUUUGUGUAUGUGUUUUUUGCCGAUGCCUUGGGUUGUAAUCAGCGAUCGAUACGGUUGAUCGAUUCGCCAGUACUCAAGUCGUACGUGUUUCUUGCAUAGUGCUUUCUGAAACUUUCCUCCCAAAUCCGUGAACUUAGCUUCGAUCUCUCUUAUCAACUCGAUGUAUUACGUGAGUUUCAUUGAAAAAAGAAAUUUUAUCUACUGUUGAAUUAGCCUGUUCCAAGCGUUCAGAUAGUGGAGAGCGGUGUGGAGUAGAGAAAGCGAUGAAAAGUAGAGGGGGACUGAGGAGAGAGGUGCGGGAACGCUUGUAAGAAUUCUUAACAAAAGUGCGUUCCGGUAUACCAGAUCCUGGUAUACCCUCUGAUUGGUUGAUUUUGACAGUUUUUGUCAACAGUGGAGCGUCUUCGAUCACAGCGAGAAAUGCGAUAUGGCCGUUAUGACAGACUCUACGUGCCGUCACGCAGAAUUCAAACUCGCAACAAACACAACGCUGAGUGACUUUCCAAACGUGGAGGCUAAAAGCGAAAAGCAAAGAAACUGUUUAAAACACGUAGUCGGUAGGAUAGAUGUCUUAGCAAUUUCUCACCGACUGGCUUUAGAAAAAUUCUUAUUUUUCAGUUUUUUCCUCGAAUAAAGCGUGCGUUGGAAUGAAGGCAGGAUAGAAUGCCAUUUACGAUUGUUGUGGUAACUCCGUUGAUUACCAUCAUGGACCAAGUGGAAUAUUUGAACAAGUCAGAUCGGAGUAGCGGCGGCAAUGAUGGGAGAAGAUAUGGAUGAAGCCGUUAAAAGUGGAAGCUGUGAAAUUGUUUACUGAAGUGCCAAAUCGUGGUUGUCUAAUGAAUGGACAAAAGGACUUCAAAAAGAAAAGCUUGGAAAGCAAGUUGCCGCUAUCGCUAUUGACGAGGUCCACUCAAUCACCGAAUAGUAAAUUUUCCCUUCAAUUGUUGUGCAUUUUCAUUGCUUGAGUUAACGAUCUGUAUUGAAACGGCUUUCUAUCGAAAUGAGCGAUAUUUGUUUGUCACUUGAUUCAUAAUUUUUUGUCACGUACACGCUGAAAUCAUGUUUUUAAAGCCGUAAAUAAAUUCAUUAUACAUGAAUACUUCUCCCGCCUUCUAUUGUCUGGAAGUCUUACAUUGGGUUUUUAGUAAGAUUAUGUAUACAUAAUAUUAAUUUUUGAUCUGACAAACUUCGAUUUAUUCGCAAGAAAAAUAAUAAAUGCAUCGGGCUGUAACACCAGUCUUGAUUGACAAGUGAAGACCACCUACAGCUGAUGCGGUCUGACUGGGCGGAAGAGUCUAUUUAAAACAAAUCUAACAGGCGUUCCCUCUCUCACCUCUCCUCCUCCCUCGCUUUUACUUUUUCGCGCUCCCUUUUACUUUGCACCGCUCCCCACUAUCUGAACGCCUGGAACAGGCUACUGUUGAAUAAAUCGAUUUUCCAUGCUAAUGUAUGUCGCCAACACGUCGUUCUUAAAUUUACAUACAUGUAGGUAAUAUUGCACAAAUGAAUGAAAUAUUACUGGUAUUGUGUUUAGUUUGCAAGAUGCAGUGAAAGCUUCAUUAUCGCCUUUGAAAAUGGCAGAAAAAACAAAUAUUUCUGAGGACAGCUACGUGAGAUUUACAGGUACCAAUUUUUAACUUGUAAUUUUAGUGUGAACUGUAACUAGUGCAUAAGGAAUGAUAUUCUUGGUUUGCAACUACGUGACAAGGCGGCCAUGUUGCAGGUCAAAACAAUAGAUUUUUCUCGAAGAAUUUACAUGAAUUGGAGUUAACAUCCCAGAGGAGAGAUUAGCCUGAGUAUCAGGCGUUUCUGGGGAAAAGGGGAAAAAUGGAAGCGAAAAAGGAAGAGAGGUGAAGGAAAGAAACGCCUGACACAGAUGCUUUUACUGGAGCCUUCCACCCUCACACAGCAUGAUUCGAUACCAUCCAAUCAAAAUCACUUCCGGCCAUUGGGUUGUCAGUUUCACGUGUCAAAAAGCUCGCCUAAAAUAAAUCUCACUUAACGGUCGGGCCGAGCUCCGGUGCUUGUGUUGCUACGAUUUCGCUUUUUUCUGAGACCUCCAAUGAGGAGUUUUCGAAUACUUGUAAUGUAAAACCUGCCGUUUAUGAGGAAUUAUAACAGGGUUUAGGAAUUGUGCUAGUGUAAGAUCGCCAACGCUCUGUUUGUAAACAAACGUGUGCCCGGAAAAUUGUAAAUUGCUUUUGUUUACAGAGUUAAAUGAGGCGCUUGUCUGGCAGCUAAAAAGCUGGUGUUAUCCCUCGUAUUCUCGGGUGGUUGAAAGGAGCUGUAAGAAUAUAUAGGAAGUUCGAUAGUGACACACCUAUGCCUAGAAAUUAUCAAGCGGCGGCAGAUUGCACCACUUCACAGAGAGCUCGUGAAAGCUGUUACAAGUUCAAAACAAGUGAGAGCCUACAGCAAAGGUCAAUCCCGUUGGCGAAAUAUGAUGGCGCCCGCUUGAGCUUAAGACAUUUCAAAAGUGAGAAGAUUUUGGAAGAGGAAGCGAACGAAUUCCAAUCACGUACGUUAUCGUAACCGCAACAAGCAAAGUCAAGCUUUUUAAAAGCAUUGGUGCUGUCGGCUAUCCCCGCGGCUAUCUCAAUACAUGGCUACCUCGCUCUAUUUUCAUUUACAGUAACAAUACCCUUUUAACGGCAGGAUGUUGUAAAUCUGAACUUAGAUAUCUGAAACAGUGAUAUCGUCUUCUUUGUCCCGGUCUUGUGAAACCAAUACUUGGACAUAGAAGAUGGUAUAUGAGGCUUUUCCUUACUUCGAGUACAUGUUUCCUUUAAACUACGAGGCCUUAAAAACACAAUUCUUGCUCGGGUUUUAUUUUUAUUCCAGGAAAGAACUUGAGAGCGCCCUCUAGAACCUUUUUGAAUUCCUCUCUGCGUCUCUGUCUGUAAAAGCAUCACAUACCGGUAACAUGAAAUCAAAACAUCUAUGAAAAAUUUCAAUGACCGUCUCCUUGCCGAUCGCUCUUGCGGUCGGUGACGUCAGGGGGUAUUGUGUGUUAUCCAAUCACUGCCACAUCCAGAUUUUGGAUGUGUCACACGAUUUGCUGAAUGGUUUUGUGUCAGGCCUUCCUUUCUCUUCUCCCCCUCCCCCCUCCCCCAUCUAAAAUCUCCUCUCCCCUAGCCCCGUAGGAAGGCCUGAUACUCAGGCUAAGGAGAGAUAUGCUUUUGUUCUUGGCCACCAACAUGGCCGCCGUGACAUAACGUGCAAACCAGCAAUACUAAGGUUAUGGGCUCCUGAUCCUGAGUACCAAUACUUUUUUUUUGGUGGGCGGUGGAAUGUUUAGUUUUGACCGCAGGCUGGCAGUUCUUAGGACGAAGCCAUGAGUGGCGAAGUGGAUAGCUAUAAAGACUGACCAAAACCGGAAACCGCGCAUGAAAAGUCUCUGGCCCCCAUGGCUGAAGUGACAAUGUAACUGAGAACCUUAUUUUCGGGCAUUUUGGCCUGCAAAUGCAGACGUCAAUUAUCAUGGGUUCUCUGUACCUGAAAAUGGUGAAGUAAAGUGAUGACCAGAAGUACGUCUGCUUUCGCAGGAAACUUACUUCUUGGUUGGAGAGAAGCGAUGAGCGGAAAUGCUUCUGGGUUGGCAGGCUACAGGUAGACAGGAUUUCUCAACACCCUUUUUUAUUCCCUUAGGGUUUCAAAGCUGGGGAAUAAUCCAACUGAGCUCAUUGAAUAACUAAAUACAAAAACACAUAGGAAAGUGACCUUGGAGCACUUAUUUUUCACUAAGUUCUCCAAGGUCACCACUUUACUAUGAAUUUUUAUAGUUAGUUGUUCAAUUGGUUCACUUGGAUGAUACUUAUGUCCAAACCAAACUGUCACCUUUUAUUUAAUAGUGUUUCUACAUUGCUCAUUUUGAAAAGACUGGCUGGGCAGUUUUGUUCUUAUACAGCCAACUCCCUCUUAGGGAACGGCACCAAGUGUAGCUAAGUAGCAUCUUUGAGAGGUGACUGUCUACUGAAGUUAUAAAUAGUGUCUUUUGACCCUUUUAGCCCAACAUACAAAUCCUCCAGACUGAUAUCCAUACAUUUCCUAAAAUCAUUAGUUGAGAGAAUUUUUUGGAGGGUAAAGCAUUUUGCCUCCGAUGAUUAUAUUUUAUUAUUUUAUUCUCAUAACCCAAUCUCGUGAUUAUCUGUUGAUGUUGUUGGGAGGAAAACAUUGAUGUUGGUUGCUCUUGGGGCUUAAAGAGGUACGAGAGAGUGUUGGCUGUAUACCUUGUAUCUUGUAUCUUUUCAUUUCCUUUUGAUUUCAUAAAAGAAUUGAAGUCGUUUUCUUUAUAAUUCCAGACAGUCCAACAAUCAGGACAAAACUAUUUCCUUCUGGCGCUACAGUAACCCCUCUCACCCUCGGAAAGGACGACGCAGCCAUGGAGCUUAAUCCUUCGAAGAAACAUCCUGGAAAAUUUAACGAGAGGUUUCAGCAGAUGUUGUCACAGGGAAAGGGCGUCAGCGUUUUUGAAACCUUAAACCCAGAACGUCUUAAAUUAGAAGGCCUAAAGCUACCACUGGCAGACGAGAACUUUUUACGUAGUAAAGAUUCAGAUGGCUUCACGGUGCUGCACCACGCUGCACGAUGUAAUCAAGCUGAUGUUGUUAAAUUUUUAGUAGAAAAAGGUGCAGGUAUUGAUUUGGUGGAAAAUAAUGGAUACACUCCCCUUCAUGUCGCCGUAAGGUACGCUAUGUUAUUGUGUCUUGCAGUAGAGUAGAACCCCGAUAUAACUCGAACUCCCGGCCGCUAACAGUCCGCUAACUCGAACUAAACCUCCUUUCCCUUGAUUAAAAUUUCACUGACAUUUACCCCUAUAACUCGAAUUCUGUUUCCUGUCAUUCCAUUCGGAUGCCAUCACAUUAGCUCCUCUGGCUGACGAUGUUACGAAAAAAUAAGGGACAACAGUUCUCGAGUUACCGGGGUUCUACUGUAAAACGUUGCGUUUUUCUAUUACUUUGUAUUCGUUUCAUCUUUCAUAAAAUUUCGAAUCAAUUAUCUUAUGUGAAUACGCUCCUGCGGUUUGUCCAUUCAAAUCAUAAAAAAAGCCUGAGCUCAAAUCAGCUGGUACGUUGACUUCCCGCGGCGCUUUUGAGGCCUCGGUUGUUAUAAAGGAAACUAUUUUGCUUCUUUGAAACUAUUACACACGAAAGUUUGUCUCAGGGGCACCCAACGGCUGUUUUCUGUAAAAUACCUGUUGGGAGAAGCAUAUAUUACCUUGUAUUUUCUUUUACUAGAGGACGGCUAAAAAUUUCUAGACGACCUUUCCAUUCAUGUGCAAUCGAUUUUCCGAAGUUUAAUUUUUCCACAUUUCAGAUUAGGUUCCGUCGAAAAAGGAAACCAAACAUUUUCGGAUUGGAAAAGGUGAUGGAGAGAGGAAUCAGAAAAAUCCUCACUUUCGUAAUACGUUAAAUUGCAUCUAAAAUAUUCGGGAAAGUAAUACUGAAGCCCAUGUAAUUUCGAAAAUGCUCAAUUUACCCUGUAUAAGGAUGACCGAAAAGAUACAAAUUUAUAUCGCCGGUUAGAAUGUAUUUCUAGAGAUCUUAAAGUACUGUACAGUACCGCAAAUGAUCCCCAACCGCAAAUGAUCCCGAGACCGCAAAUGAUCCCCAAAAUGGACCGCAAAUGAUCCUCGACCGCAAGUGAUCCCCAAAGUCGACCGCAAAUGAUCCCGAAAGAAAAAUAGGAAUGACUUGGACUCAAGUUAGCGGAUCAUCGUGUCGAUUUUAUCAUUAUUACAAUAAGUCAGGUUAAAAGCUAACUUUUACUUCGCAAAUAAAUAUAUGAAUAAAAACUAAAUGAAAAAAAUCAUUUAAGAGUAAAAACGAAGUCGAUAGGCAACAAACGACUUUUACCUCGUGCUAAAAUGCUGCUUUUUCCAAUGACUUUUUUCCGGCUCUGGCGGGUAGAUUAUACCUCUGAGGAAAACGUUUUGACUGAGCAAAUGUGAUUUUUGCCGCUUAUUUCAUACUGAGAGGUCAUGACACCCAUUUUCUGCGGUUAUUGUUGUUUCUGGUCGGCAUGAUUUGCCCUUUGAUGCAAGAGCAUUUCCUUUGACCUCUUUUGAAAUGCAGUGCUCUUCAUUGCCGCUAAAUAAGGAUUUUAGGUUGUUUAAUUCUCUCCUAAGUGCCUCCUGGAUCCGAAUAAUCAUAAGCGAUUUUCUUUUAGUCCGUGAAUGUGACGGUUUCUUACGAUGUUUUGUCACGCGAUAACUACCGCUUACCUGGCUUUGCGUUUCUCAUUACCAAGCACAACAAAUGAAUAUACAUAAAAACGCUAAUAUAACUAUUCACAGCACGUUCAUGAGAUGUAAGAAAGUUGCUAUUUCGAAAUAAACCGAAACCUGUGGAUAUUGAUAAGUUCGGGGGCAUUUUGACUUGUGUUUAUGUUAAAUCAUGUCUUGUUUUGUAACGGGCACCUAAGUUACGAACAAAUGUCUUGCUGUUUAUCACGUAAAAUUAACACCUCAGAGAAAAAUCAAAAUGACAUAUUCUGGCUGAUUAAUUUCACGCUUUCAAAAAGAUCAGUAAAGUCAAUAAAGCUCUUGUUAGGUAGAGGGUGCACGGCUUUGUAUUCCUCAGUAGAAAAGUUGAGCUUCUAGGCGUUAAAAUAAUUUUUCUACGUAACGUCCUGCCUGUCUUAAAUUUUUUAAAAGACGAAACAUUCUUGAAAGAAAAUUGAAGCAAUCGACGAAGGAAGAAGUAUACGGUUAAUACCAUACCUUUUCAGAUUUAUUCCAUUUGUUUUUUCGCCUUGUAUAAAUUGACCUGAGAUGUAGCGUCCUCCUUCCCUUUUUCUUUAAAAGGCGAGAGAAAAAGGUUUCUUUUUUAUAAUCAGUCCUUUUUUGUAAUCAGUCCCAUAAAAUCCAUUCCAUUCCUCAACUUUUCACGGGAUCAUUUGCGGUCGACUUUAGGGAUCACUUGCGGUCGAGGAUCAUUUGCGGUCCAUUUUGGGGAUCAUUUGCGGUCUCGGGAUCAUUUGCGGUUGGGGAUCAUUUGCGGUACUGUACAGUACUCUGCAUAGCCUUUAAAGUAUUUUCAAUGUAUUUUGAAGGAAACCGUCGUUGCGUGUCCCUGUUGUAUAGACUUUACUCGUGAACAGUCUGAGGAUUUUUGCUUUACUGCUUUGUUUCUAUAAAAGGCUGACUGUCUAGAUAGUAUUCUCAUGGGCCAGGGUCAGGAAGGGGGUUCUGUGAGCCCGCAUUCCUGCUCCUUUUUCACGAGCUUUUGUAAUCUCUACCCUGAAUACCGUCUUCUUUCCCGUGCAAGAGUUCGGCGAAUCCCUCUUUCCGAGUCGCAGUCAAUUUCCAUAACCCGUCAAGAAUUUUUGCAUUUUCCCGAAUCCCGCUCAGAAUUUCGGCCAAAUCCCGGAUCCCGAUGAUACCCUUCGCAAAUCUGACGGCAAAGUCUUUGAAUCUGAUCACGGCACUUCAUUUUGCAGUACUGAGCGGAAACGUAGAAAUCUGUGAACUAAUAAUAGCCCGUCAAGAAUUUUUGCAUUUUCCCGAAUCCCGCUCAGAAUUUCGGCCAGAUCCCGGAUCCCAAUGAUACCCUUCCAGAUCUUGAUGGGCAGCAGGCCCAGAAUAUUCUGAAUCAUCCAUGAAACGACGAGGCCGUUAAUGUGAUAAAAUUCUGUUCAUCUUUCUCCAACCCAAAUUAGUACUGUACAAGCAAGACAUUGUGCACGGCAUUGCGACGACCAGGAUGAACGAACAUUGGCUGUGGGAAAUACCCAUAGCCGCUUUAAUGUUUUAUCAUAACCAUUUAAUUCCAGUCUCACAAAAGGUUAUUAGUGAAUGUUCAUCCCAGUAAAGGUGCGGGCACCAAAACGCCGUCACAUUUGUAGGGAAGAAAAAGCUUAGUAGGCAUGGACAUGGUAAGGGAAGGAGGCAGGCAAAAUCUCUAAACGCCCUUACAGCAUGGAAGCAUGGAAGAAUGAACCACGCAACCACGUCACGUGACACCUAAUUAGAACCCAAAAGGGGGCAACAAUUCAAUGAAUUUAUCUCAUUACCCUGUACCACGUAGUUAAUAGGAAAUAACUGCAUUAGACAAUAAAAGUCAGGAAAAGAAUUAGAGUUCCUAUUGGUAAACAGAUAUUCCUUUUUUUAGACACAAAAAUACUGAAGCAGUUCAAGCCUUACUUGAAAAGGGGGCAGACACUAGUGUUCCAGACAACGAAAACGCAACGCCUCUUCUAUUUGCUGCUCGAAAAGGCUAUGAAGAAAUUGCAUGUCUUCUUCUAAAUGAUCCCAGGACAAAUGUGAAUAAUGCCAAUUCAGCAGGAAUAACGCCAUUUCUGGGAGCGUGCUCCAGUGGGGACCGAUCUCUCUGUGAAAUGCUGCUAGCUCGUGGCGCAAAUCUGACGUCAAAGUCUUUGAAUCUGACCACGGCGCUUCAUUUUGCGGUACUGAGCGGAAACGUAGAAAUCUGUGAACUAAUAAUCACUGCAGGUGAGUAAUCGUUACGACAAUUGUUAAAUACAGUCGAACCUCUCCACAACGGCCGCUUUGGGGACAGAAGAAACUCGCCGUUGUGGAGAGUUGGCCGUUGUGGGAACUGUAGGGGUGUAAUAUGACAAUUUUUUAGGCAGUACAACAUGUUUAUUGUGCUAAGUUCAUGCUUACUGUCUCCCAUAAUGGUAAAAAUCCAAUGUUAAAUAAUAUGUAGAGACAAAAAUACGCUAAAAGCUUGAAUUAUGUUUUGAAUCAAAAUGUUAACGUGACAAAACGAGAAAGGUUCGCAACAUUCGCUGUAAGUAUCGUAGACAAUUAAUGCUUACUGCAGCAGUAUAAAUGAAACAAAAUCAAAAUACGAUUGCUACGAUUGAUCAUCAACGCGCCAUACGGAUCAAAUUUCAAGACCAUUCUUGACUUUUUCAUCAGUCGCUGAAAAAACUGGUCGUUGUCGAGAGGCUAUUUUGGCAGUUGGGGACACGUUUUAGUGGCUGUUGCCGUUGUAGAUAGGUUUAAAUAAGAGUCAAUGUAUGGACUGUCCGUCGGGACAAAAUAAAGUGGCCGUUGUAGAGAGGUGACCGUUAGUGGUGGUUUGACUGUACAGUCUAACCUCUCCAUGUGCGACCACUUCUCGUAAGCGACCACCUCCCAUAAGCGACCGCGACCACUUUUUGCCCAGACUUUUUUUAUACUUUUCCAUUGCUUUUAGCCUCUUUAAGCAACCCGUGCACCUAACUCCGCUUCGACUGUAGUAAGAUCAUGCUGCUUGUAAACGAAAAUCGGUCUCACCUUACAUAGUUCGUAGAUGUCGUCAUCCUUGAACUCCUUGGAUCCCUGUUCAGCUCUACUAAAUCACUGCUGGAAACGGCUUGGUUACCCGUUUUUGUGACUCUCCAUUCUGCCUAACCUUUUCUUUUGGGAAGGGAUUCUCUAAAUGUUGUAGGACUUAUAGCACGGUGAUUGGCAAGCGAAACUGGAUUUACUUGGUGUUGUGAUAGUUCCUGAAAUUCACAUUCAGGCUUUGUGUAAUCAGUUUCAUUGUUUUAUGGCGUUACACGUGAAAUCUCAUGGCUUUGUAAUUGUUAUUGCCUGAUGGAUUAUGACAAGACUCGGGAUUUUUGCGUUGUGGAAACUGCGGAAAAUCUUUAUCUUACCUCAGGCCUUAGAAGACCAAUGUGUAUGUGAAAUAUGCGUUUCUCGUGACCCAUACCUUACUUUAGGAAUUAAACUGUUUGACAAGAAAUACAUUUUAUAUCGAAACGCUCUAAUAGUACCUAAGGUACACAUUAUCAUAAACUUAAGGCUGCUUACCAUGAAACUAAUAAAAAACCCCGAAAAACAACAACAACAACAACAAAAACAACAAAAUGUAACUAACCAUUUACCCAUCUCUCGGUUUCAGUUUCGUGCGACACAUUUUCCCGCCUCCAGUAAGGAAAAUGUGAGUUCUGUGGUGAGCUGAGAAAUGGCUCACUCUUGUGCCACCCACCAGGAACCCCAUCCAGAGUUUUCUUUCAAAUGGCAAUUACCUCUGUAAGUAGCGAGGGUUGUAGCGUAAAAAUCAGUCACAAACCGUUGUCUCCGUCCCCCUUUCUUACCGGCUGUCUAAGAGUUAAUCAAGGAAAACAAACACGAAAGAAAGUUGCUUAAGUAGGCUAACUUGUGCUGUACCACGCAGUACAGUCUAGCUUUGUUUUUUUGCUUGCUUGUUUACAGCGAAGAAGCAGAACUCAUCUCUAAAGGAUAUUUUAGACGACAGGGAUAUAGAGGACACAUCUGCAUUGCACAUGAGUAGUGUCAAGGGUUACAGUAGAAUAACCAAGCUAUUAUUACGCCAUGGAGCAGACUAUGAAGCCGUAAAAGGAGUAAACUCUCUCACACCUUUGAACCUGUCGGCCAUGAGCGGUCACGAGGAAACAACAAAGCUGCUGAUUUCUAGUGGGGCGGGGACUGAAUGCAGAGAUGGGCAGUUACAGACACCAUUGCACAUGUAAGCUUAACCAUAUAAGGUCCCGACCUCGUAACCAGGGCCUCCUACUCAUCCCUGCUGAGAAAGGUUGACAAGGCCCCCAAUCUCUUUAAUUUUAAAAGGAGACGGAGGGAGGGGGAGGUGGGGGCGAAGAGUUUGACGCUAUAUAAAAUUUUCUACAUAGGUGUGCCACUGAGCGUGAUUUAAACCCAGUCCCUCCCCCCCCCGCCCCUCAUCCUUUAGGCCAAGUCAACUACUGCUUCAGAACGCUGAAUGCUGUAGGCCCAAAUAGAAACCUCCUGGAAGACCAGUUACCAGUGCUAAAAUAGUUCAUGUGAGGGAGUGUCCCCACGCCCCCGCCCGUGUUGGUAAAUUUCAAAAAUUUGCCUGUAUCAGAUAUGUUAGAGCGUUAUAUACAUUCGGUGCUGUAAAGGUUAGGGCUCAAAUCUUGAUAAUCCCUAAAAUUUUUACUGAGUGUUUUUUUCAGCUCCUUAGGCAAGGCUUUCCUCUGUUUAAAGGGCAGUUUGAUAUACGAUUUAUUUCGUAAAACUGGACUUAUGUCAUCUGCAAAAUCGAUAACGUUACAAACUUACAGUGAACGUGGUUUUCAAGAAGCCGAAUUAUCUCAAGGUUGUUUUCGUUUCCUUUUCAGCGAUGUAGGUUUGACCUACGAUUAUUCUUAAUAUUUGUCUUUUCCAAGAAGGACAAAAAACCUGUCUCAUAUCAUCGUAUUUUUCCUAGGUCAGCUAUUUACAAUCACCCCAAAAUAGCAGAGAUCCUGUUGGAAAAAGGAGCUGAAAUGGAGGUUAAAAACAUGAUGGACUUGACACCGUUUUUGCUGGCAGUAAUUCAUGGAGCAAAAGAAACCGCGGAGCUGCUCCUUGAUCGUGGAGCUAACCUGUUAGCUCUCGACUUUGCACAUAACAGCUGCCUUCAUUUAGCUGUGAUGCAUAAGCAAGUGGCGAUGGUUCAACUGUUGCUAGAAAGAGGCAAAGAAAAAUUGAUGGAACUUGAGAGAUACGAUCACAAGACCGUGAUACACCUUGCUGCGUGUUACCAGGAGACUCAGGUACAUUUGAUCGUACUGCGGAUAAUCUUCCACUAAACCGAAAAUAAGUCAAAAUAUGCCCUGGUGGUGAUUGGUUGAUUGAGUGUCAAAUAACAGUUAAAAUGACAGUCUAAAACCAGCUUCUGUAAUGUGUUAAACAAUAAAAAUGGAAGCGAUGGAAAUUGUUCGCAGUGCGCAUGUUUUUGACUUAAAAUUAUUAAAGGAAUUUUAUUUGGUGUUUCGGAUUUAUUGCAAAAUUUAUUCGUUUCGGGAAAUAUCUAUAGGUUAAGGGAAAUAACAUAAAAAAAGAAAACAAUUGACUUAUUUUACUUGGUGUUAACUCCUACGCAUCAGCACUGAUCAAACGACAUCCUCUCUCGAAAUGAGAAAAUGAUUUCUGUUAAUUCAUUCUCCUUGGUCUUGUGGAAGGAAACUGUUGAUUGAAGAGUUACGUCAGCUACUUGUGGCAAUUGCUACAAUAUAUGUUUGUAGUAGAAUUGUUGUAAGCGUUCUUGUUGAUUGGUUUAAGUAAGCUACUUCACUACUAGUAGGUUUGGUUUUCUAAGUUAAUUGAUGAUCGAUAGCAAGUUACUCCUGACAUGAAUUCGGUACAAAGGAGAUGUACCAAAUUGGUGCAUCUCCGCGGUAACACUUCUGUUCAUGAGAUAUGCUUAAUUAGAGCCUUUAACAGAUGACAAAGCCUUGUUUGUAUGAAGUAUUUUGUCUAGUUUGACAUUUUUGACCUUAAUCUGGUCUUCCUUCGAUAUUUACCAGGAAAUGACUACCCUCCUUGUUUUUAAGAGUUUUAAGCAUGUUUCUUUGAGUUUUUAACCGAAUUCUUGGCAGUGGAUAACUUUCAUUAGGCUUAGUGAUUUUAUAGGUGUUUUUGUAGCUAAACAACUAUUGUUCUAAAUUCUGCUUUGUACUUUGAACUGCAUUUUUAAUUUACCCUUUAAGUUGUGAUCACGUUCGUGGUUAAUUUAUGGAAAAGUUGUAGCCAAUCAUCUUCGAUGAAGAAGCUUAACACCUUCUGUAAAUUGACAACAACCCUAGAUUUUCAAACUGUAAUUUUAGUACUUUCCUAUCUGUUAGUAUGAAAAGUCUGUUUACUGGUAUAUAUCUUGUAGUUUUUAUAUUGUUCUCCUAGUUUUAUAUUGGCCAGUUGACUUAAGCUUAGCAGUGAAAACUUAGGUUGAAGAGUCAUUUCGACAAAGCAAUUAUCUCGAAGGUUUCAUGCUAAUGAAACUGUUUUAACCAAUCGGAUUAGACUUACGUCAGCAUUCGGUUUGCGCUAAGCAGCUGGUUUCCUGGCUGAUAUAAAAAUGCGUGUAACACUGAUCUAGCUGAGAAUUGUAAAAUACGAGUUGUGCUAACUUCGUGUCACCUGACUGAAGAAUUAAAAGGAGUCAAUUGAACAAGUACUCGUCUGUUUGUUGUGAGAACAAGCUACUUCCCCCAGAAAGGUUCCUCAAAAAAGUACAAAACGUAAAACAGAAAAAAAAAAGGAUUGAUUAACGGAUUUGAGUUAAAACAGUAAUAAGCAUAAGAGGACGACAUACUUUAAGAAAACAUAAAAUCUACCUAUAACCAUUACUCAAAUAAUCACUAAAGCAAGUUAGAGAUAAAAAGUUCAGGUUUGAUCAGUUCGUUAUUAUAAGUUGACGGCUGAAACAAAUCUUACGUCUUGGAAAUUGAGGGCUUGGGGACUUGAAGACUUGAGGGGCUUGGGAACAUCUGAACUUCGGUGUUAGGAAAGGAUGCCUUCAUGAGGGCACCAUUCUUCGAAAGGAGGUGCGUCGGCCAUGUCGGUUUGAUGAUCUUGGUGAUGGACUGCAUAUUCGAGUUCAGGAAGAUCAGGCACAUAGUUUCCUUGACGUGUCCAGGUCUCAAAUAGGUGGUCAAUAGCUUCUUGACAGCCAUCUUAACAUGCCGGGACACUCUUCGCAGUUAAAACGCCUAGCAAGGUACGGAGAGGUGUCGUUUCUGUCUCAGUCGGUCAGUUUACCAACAGGCGAAAGGUAGGACGCCUAAAGCGCCACCACCGAGGGUAAAACCUCCGCGGGGAAAAGCCAGGGGUUCUGCCACCACUUUGUUGAGGAACCUUUGUGGGGGAACUAGCUGGUUCUCACAACAAACAGACGAGUACUUGUUCAAUUGACUCCUUUUAAUUCUUCAGUCAGGUGACACGAAGUUAGGACAACUCGUAUUUUACAAUUCUCUGCUAGAUCAGUGUUACACGCAUUUUUAUGUCAGCCAGGAAACCAGCUGCUUAGCGCAAACCGAAUGCUGACGUAAGUCUAAUCCGAUUGGUUAAAACAGUUUCGUUAGCAUGAAACCUUCGAGAUAAUUGCUUUGUCGAAAUGACUCUUCAACCUAAGUUUUCACUGCUAAGCUUAAGUCAACUGGCCAAUAUAAAACUAGGAGAACAAUAUAAAAACUACAAGGUAUAUACCAGUAAACAGACUUUUCAUAUUAACAGAUAGGAAAGUACUAAAAUUACAGUUUGAAAAUCUAGGGUUGUUGUCAAUUUACAGAAGGUGUUAAGCUUCUUCAUCGAAGAUGAUUGGCUACAACUUUUCUAUAAAUUAACCACGAACGUGAUCACAACUUAAAAGGUAAAUUAAAAAUGCAGUUCAAAGUACAAAGCAGAAUUUAGAACAAUAGUUGUUUAGCUACAAAAACACCUAUAAAAUCACUAAGCCUAAUGAAAGUUAUCCACUGCCAAGAAUUCGGUUAAAAACUCAAAGAAACAUGCUUAAAACUCUUAAAAACAAGGAGGGUAGUCAUUUCCUGGUAAAUAUCGAAGGAAGACCAGAUUAAGGUCAAAAAUGUCAAACUAGACAAAAUACUUAAUAUAAACAAGGCUUUGUCAUCUGUUAAAGGCUCUAAUUAAGCAUAUCUCAUGAACAGAAGUGUUACCGCGGAGAUGCACCAAUUUGGUACAUCUGCUUGGUACCGAAUUCAUGUCAGCAGAAACUUUCUAUCGAUCAUCAAUUAACUUAGAAAACCAAACCUACUAGUAAUGAAGUAGCUUACUCAAACCAAUCAACAAGAACGCUUACAACAAUUCUACUACAAACAUAUAUUGUGGCAAUUGCCACAAGUAGCUAACGUAACUCUUCAAUCAACAGUUUCCUUCCACAAGACCAAGGAGAAUGAAUUAACAGAAAUCAUUUUCUCAUUUCGAGAGAGGAUGUCGUUUGAUCAGUGCUGAUGCGUAGGAGUUAACACCAAGUAAAAUAAGUCAAUUGUUUUUUUUAUGUUAUUUCCCUUAACCUAUAGAUAUUUCCCGAAACGAAUAAAUUUUGCAAUAAAUCCGAAACACCAAAUAAAAUUCCUUUAAUAAUUUUAAGUCAAAAACAUGCGCACUGCGAACAAUUUCCAUCGCUUCUAUUUUUAUUGUUUAACAAAUGGAAGAAGAAGAUUGGCCUAUCACGUUUUGUAAUGCAAAAUUAGUAGAGUAUUAAAGUAAAGGCAGGUGAAUUAAGGCUGAUCCAAGCGGAUUUUGAUGGGUUUUGUCCAAUACACACGAACAGAGUCGGUUCCUUGAGCGUUGAGGUCCUAUAACAGGACUGAUAUAGGAAGAUGUAGUAGUAAAUGAUUUUUGUUAACUUUUUCAUCCCCUCGACAGAUUCUUGAUAUUCUUCUAAAGACAAGUUUUGUAACCGGAGAAAAGGAUAUAAACGAUAGGAUACCACUACAUCAUGCAGCAGAAAAUGGAUCACUGGAAUCCAUUAAGUCUCUUUUGAGAUGCCCUUCCCUACUAAAGCUUGUAAACGCCAGAGAUGAGGUUGCAAUGACUCCACUACACCUCGCAGCAUUGAAUAAACACAGGUGAGGAGUCUAUUGUGGGUGCUUUGAUAUGCAAAUGUGUCACCCAUUCACUGAGGUGUAGAUAGACCUUCUUUAUUUGGUCGGAUGCGAAGUCGAGACAGCCCAUCACUCGAUACCAAGAGAGAAUGAGCUACAACCUCAGACAAAGCCUGUUGAGACGCAUUACAGAAAAACCUAUUUUUUGCACUCGUCCAGACAAAAAUGCUUACCCUCGCAAAUUGAAAGACCGUUUCCCAAUCAGAAGUGCUUAUCAAAUAUGACGUGAAAUUUUAUGCAUGGCAUGUAUCAUUCUUAGCGUUGCGAAGUGUUGAGUCUUAAUUUUGUUUCUUUUCUUUUGUUUUUUCUUUUCAGUGAGGCUUGUCGGCUCCUGAUAUCCAAAGGGGCUGAUAUUGCCGCUCAAAAUAAUCAUCAACGAACACCUCUUCACUUGGCAGUGCAAUCAGGCUCACUGGAAACUGUUCAAUGUCUGCUAGAUCCUAUGCUGUUUAAUACGUUAGAAAUAACGGACGCCGACCAAAACACCCCACUUCACUUAGCUUGCAUGCAAAAUUGCCUCAAUCUACUGAAUUUCUUGUUAGACAAAGGUGCUGAUGUUACGGCGCUUAACAAAGAUAAUAUGACGUGUUUGGAUAUGGCAAUCGAGUGGGACUCUGUGGAAGUUGCAAGGACGCUUGUUAAACACGAGAGGUAAAUGUGAAUGUGACGAUGCGUAACGUGUGACCCGGGUUCGAAUCCCGCUCGGAAUAGUAACUGGAAUUGUUUUUUGGUCUUUCCGAUUUCAAAUCCUCGGUUAUUCUCGUAAAUAGCUAUAAGAACGUGCGGGGUUUUUUUGCCGUUUUCGGGCAAGCACGAAGCUCCUCCCCCUCGGUCUGAAAAACCACUCGAAAAACAUGGCGCCUGUUCUGCGGGCUAAUUAACAAUUAUUCCUUGAGCCCGAACGGGCUCUGAGUUCGGCCGAAUGGGCUGUUGACUCAGAGGCCAUGAGGGCGAGAGGAAUAAUUGUUUUAGUAAAAUCCAACUAGCUGGUAAAAAAUAUCGAGACAAAAAACUUUAAAACUGUGAAAGAACGUGCGGGUUUUUUUGCCGUUUUCAGGCAAGCACGAAGAAUUAAAUCACUUUUUUCCCGCCAAAUUGCCGGUGCUUUUUCGCUACUAGUGAGCUAUAACAUAUAGCCUAGUAGUAGCUCAACCAAUCAAAAUGCAGCAUUGAUAAUAGACCACUAGUUGGAUUUUACUAAUAGCAAAAAUCCUCCUGUCAGAUGAGCUCUUCAAUUAAUUUUAUUGUGUUCUGCAAAACCUGAUUUUUAAUGGUUUUGGACUGACCAAAAUCCAUGCAUGAAGCCUGCUUAAUAUAAACCUUAUCAUUAUCAUUACUAUUAUCAUUGUCAUUAUCAUAAUCGUUGUGGUUAUCGUUAUUAUUAUCAAUUUAAGCCCUUUUGGACGGGUUAUCGUUCUCGUUAUCAUUAUCAUAUCCGAACACCUUCGAUCUGUAACAGCUAAAAUAUUAUCAUUUUUUUACUGUAGGUGGAGAGAAGUGGUUUGUGGUCACACAUCUAAAAUUCCUCCAAUGGAAAAGCUGAUAAUGAAGCUUCCAGAAGUCGCAGAAGUAGUCUUGGAUCAGUGCAUCAGUUACUCCACCCUUCCCACAGAGCACACUGACUUUACGGUCACCUUCACCUUCUCCCCGCUCGACCCACCCACUUCUUUAUCAUCAAGUAGCCACCACUUUUUCGCUCCUGCUACCAUGGCGAACUACCGGAGAGAAAGCCUUUUGAAUCACAGUGUCACACAGGUGCUUCUUCGAUGGAAAUGGGCUGUUCUGGGAAAGUUUCUCUACUACUUUAAUUUCGCCAUCUUCUUUGUAUUUCUCGUCCUGUUUUCUUUCUUUAUUGUUGACCAGAGGAGCAAAGUGAGGGAUUUGUCCGGGAGUGACAUAAAUGCUACAACGAAUGUGACCAGUGGCGACUCCAAAGGAAUCCCGGCUGUGAUUUUUACUUUUUUAAUAGUCAGAAUUCUGAUUGAGAUAAUUCAGAUGUUUUUGCAACAAUUAGAGUACUUUACAGAUUACACGAACGUUCUGGACUCGUGUCUUUACGUAACCACGAUGAUUUUCAUAUUGCCUUACGUGACAACAGAAGAUCUUUUUGGGGACGUUCGAGUACACUGGACCGCUGGAGUACUUGCUCUUCUCCUAUGUUAUGUGAAUUUUUGUCUGAGUCUUCGUCGCUUGAGUUCAGUGGCAAUUUACGUGACCAUGUACGUUGAAGUGUUGGUAACAUUUCUUAAGGUAAUCGCCAUCUUCGUUGCAGUCCUUAUUGGCUUUGCAUUGGUUUUUCACGUUCUACUAAAAGAGGAGGUGAGCUAAGGUUUGAAAGUGUCUUUCCCCCUUUCUUUCUGCAAACUGAUCAAACCGAAAUUUUCCCUUACCCUGGGAUAUAACUGGACUGUUCUGUUUUUUAAGUAUUAGUAUCAGCCUAUGAAGCGUCCCAAAAGUUAGGCUCUACAAUGUAGAAGUUGCAUACAAUACUUACGUUAACGCCAUCGGUUAAUGAUUCUAUCAAUGCUUCCAAAGAUCCCAAAAUGGAAACUGAGGCGUUUGGUUGUAUCAAAUAUCUUUGCUGCGAUGUCAAAGCACAACCCUUUAACUGACAGACGUUUAUUGCAAAUUCUCGGGUAUGAAAGUUGUUUAUUUAUUUUUUCUUGAAAAGAUGAUACUGACUGUUUAAGGUUUGAUUGCCACAGAGAAGCGAAUGAAAUGGAAGUGCAGUGCUGAGAUUGUAUUCAUUUUCCGCAAAAGCAGUCAGUCUGGUACCCACUUUGCUACAGAUUGGGUGUAUCCGACACUUUUUGCUCUACUUUCAGCUAGUUGAAUUUUUGUGAUUUAGGUAAGAGUUUUAUUGCCCCAAGACAUGUCUCGUCGUUUAGCUUUAUAGAACGCAGUUCAUGACUUAGUGACUGUUAUCUUGCGGAUGCUUGACCGGCACAGUAACAGUCCAAUAAACGGAUUGUUAUAUGAUUUUUUUAAUCUGUAAAGUAGUGUUGGUAUAACAGAGUGAACAUAAUCAUUGCUAUUUUUUUGGUUGCACUUUAAUUAAAUGUGUCAGGUAACGUGCAUGGCUAACAACAGUUUUAGUAUAGGUAAUAGCAUGAUUUGUAGUGAUAUUUGGCAUAAAUACCACGUGUGAUAUUUCUAAAUUUCUAUACGUAAUUUCACGAGCCGUGAAAUUUGAGACAACUUUGAAAUAUCACUAGUGGUAUUUAUGCCGAAUAUCACGUACAAAUCAUGCUAUUAUUUGUUUAUACUACUACAUGCAAAAGGUUUGUAAUUUUCACAUGUAGGUAUUUCAAAUUAAGCUGAAAUAACACUGCUCUAAGCCAAUCAAAUUGCAGAAAUUUCUCAUGUAGUAGUAUAAACUGAUUAAUAACAUUCGUAAUUUGAAAUUUUCUUGUUUUCUUUUUUACAGGAAAACUUCACAACAUUCUGGUUUUCCUUCGUUAAAAUUAUCGUUAUGAUGGUUGGAGAAAUGGACUACUCCGAUGUAUUGACUAGUAACGUGGUGGGCGAUGUCAAGGUCCCGGGAACUAACUUCCUGUAUGUACCUCUUCCUGGGCUGUCUUAUGUCAUGUUUGUGCUGUUUGUGCUGGCAGUGUCCAUUGUCCUUAUGAAUCUACUGGUAAGUGACGUUUGUGUCAAUGGAACGAGAUAUACUGAUGGAAUUUUUUUUUUUUCAUUAAGGGGGUUAUUCGACUAUCCCGGGAAAAAGUCCUUGGGACAGUGACGCAGUAUUCAUUAUUUUCUGUAAUUUCUGGUUGCCUUUAUAAUACAGUGCAUCCUUUUCGAAACUCCCCCCACCCUAUACAAUUUUGAAACUCGUAAAAAACAAUUCUGGAUACACGCGUCCAACGUUGUUUAUGGGGUGGGGCAAGGGGUUAGGCAUAUGUUAAUUGAAAAAAAGCGUCACAAAUGCAAAGACUUUUGUCAUGAUUGUAGCUUUUAAUUACUUACUUUUCAUGAAGAUUAUUUGUCCUUGUCAUACUAUCACCCUUCUAGCCACCUUAUCCUAUUAGCAUGUGUUCCCUCCAAUGCUUCCUACACCACACGACCUUCCAACCCUUUCUGUUCCAUUUCAUUCAGUUUGAUCACGUUUGUCAUCUCAUCCUAUCCAAUAGAGACCUUCAGAUCCUUGGACGAGAACGACUACGAGUACGGGAUUUGACUUAAAGUUUUUUCGAGUAUUCUCCAAUUAUAGACACCCCGGAGAGCUUCAUUACACUUAUUUUUCACCUAAAAAAUUAGCACUGUUAUCUUUACUGAAGGAGCGUAAGCCAUCUCCCGGCCACAAAAUGAUAAAAUCUCUAACACUUUAAAACUUGUUUCCGUUACCACUACAUUCUCGCUAAAACUCGCAGUGGAAUGACGACAGCAAUCAUAUUUUCCCGCCAAAAUGACGCUGGUUCACGCACAAGCACUAUUUAAUAUUGAGAAAAUCUCGUACUCGGCUCAGAAUCUACAGCUCUCUAAUGCCACCACAUCUUUUAAAGCGUUUUCACAUGACGUCACGUCCGCCAUAUUAGUGUUCAAAAACAGUGAAACGGCAGUCAUGUUGGUGUUCCUGUGGGAGUUAAACCUUUCUCUCAUGUAACAACUUUCGUUUGUUCCGAUUUACUUGCAAAGCUACUGACCACGUAAGUGAAAACGCCCUAUAUCGCCUCCGCAGUUGUCCCUGCCAUUUUUACGACACUUUGACCCUGUUUACGUGGAGUGGGGGACCCCGGUCUAGUGGGGUGGGUUUCUUUUGUUUUGUGUCCCGCAGAGCGUGGAAGCAAAAGAAGCCAACCCCACUAGACCGGGGUAAACAGGGUCUUAGGAAAUUUUUGACCUGUUAUUGAGAGUGUUUCUAUGAAAAAGAAAGAAAAUCGCGAGCUAGGGUCAAACCAGGCCUCGAACUCGGACCCUCCGUAUCCUAAUCUCUCUCCCUUAUCACUACACUACCACACUGACCCGCCAAAUUUCCAAAAAAUUUAAAAGUAAAUACACUAGCAAACUGUCCUUCCUAAGUGUUACAUCAACAACAGGUGACCCUAGCCCUUUCGUAAAUUAUAACGAAAAUUCAACUUGGGCUCCAACGUCGUUCUUUCUUACACUAUUCGAAAACGUAUUUUUUGCCUUUUUGUAACUAAGAAAAAAUCGAAAGAAAAUCGCGACCUAGGGUCAAACCAGGCCUCUAACCCGGACUCUUCGUAUCCUAAUCUCUCUCCCUUACCACUACACUACCACACCGACGCGCCAAAAUUCCAAAAAAUUUAAGUACAUACACUAGCAAACUGUCCUUCUUAAGUGUUACACCAAUAACAGGUGACCCCGUCCCUUUCGAAAAUUUUAACGAAAAUUCAACUUGGGCUCCAACGUCGUUCUUUCUGACACUAUUCGAAAACGCGUUUUUUGCCUUUUUGUAACCAAAUUCAGGGAAUAUAUUGCAUCUCUCAUGACUAAAGUCUUAAAGCUAAAAAUGGCAGAGACCGUUUACGAAAGCGAAAUAGGCAUUGCCUCCUAUCCCAUAGUUGUUAUUUAAUGAAGGUAAAGGUCGCUGUUAUUUGUAACUGAAACUUCUAGUUUCUAAUAAAAUUAAAUUUUCUAAUAAAGAAUUAUAGUUGCACAUUGUGUAAUUGGUAAGAAGAAUUUUUCAGGAACAAUAGAAACCAAGCCAACAUGCAAUGAGAAACUUAUUUCUUGUUUUGCCUAGGUUGGUCUGGCGGUUGGAGAUAUUGACUCAAUUCAAAAAACAGCGACUCUACGAAACUUGAUGGACCAAGCUUCGUUAGUAGAUAGCAUACAGAGAAGAUAUCCCAAAUGGGUCCUGAGACGGGCUUAUAAAACUUCGCUGGAAAUAAAACCAAACCAGAAUCAGUUGUUACACAGGUAAGUUAGUUUUCCUUGGGCAAAAAAACGACAGUAUAUGAAUCGUAGUAGAGAGCCUUUCGAGUGAUGAUAUACACUUAAUGUCAGAUCCCGAGGGAAACAGUUAGUUUUGUUUUCCCGAGAGUCCUAAUGUUUCCAUAGACGAAGUCGAGGGAAACAAGAGGACUCGAGGGAAAACAAAACUAACUGGUUUCCCGAUUGACCUGACAUUAAGUGUUUUGUUAUAUGUCUAGACUUUCACUUCAACAGUAACAAAAGAAUAACCGGACCGAACCAAAACAGUCGACUCGGUACUUAUAACAACACAAAUUUAAUUCUCAAAACCACUGGAUGAAUGAUUUACAAAGUACCUUCGUUAUAUUAUCUGUAUCAUUUUCCUCUACUAGCUGCUGUUUUUCUUCUGGUAACUUCUUGGAUAACUGUAAAAAUCGUUGCGUUUUAGCUUGAGGUUUUGUGUUGUUGUGUUCAUUCACCAAAAAGAAAACUGGCAGGACCUGGCAGUGUUUUUCCCGCCUUUUGUCACGCAACUUUCCACCAUGCUUUGAUCACGUGCUGUAAUGUAGCCCGAGCGGGCUACAUUACUUAAUGUAUCACGAUCGGGAUGCAUUUGAUUUAGUCAAGGCCACGUGACCAAGAAUCAACCAAUCGCAAUCUCUGUUUUAGUUGAGUGAAAGUGUAUCACGUGAUUUUGACUGUAAAUUUCUUUGCUAUCGUUGCACGACUACGACGUGAAACUUUACAAAUUCACGUUUUACGGACUAUGUGAACGCAAGAUAACUUUUUGCUUUGUCCAACGUAGCUACAGAUCUUUAGAAUUUAUCUCCAGAAAAAUUCGCCAACAUUUGGACAAAUUGAACGAGGUAGAAUAACAGCGAAGAAGUUUGAGACAGCGCCAAUGCUCCUUUUAAGUGACGUUUUCGCUGUCGUCGCCGUUCUUGUUGCUUGAGCUCUCUUCUAGUUGGGGUAUUAAUAUUUCACAUUUUAAAUUCGUCGCGCUCGAUUGUGAAUAGCCAACUGGUUGUCCCCUACCCGCCCCCCUACUAAUCAGGACUCCCGCUCUUAUAUUUUGUUUCUAAUAUUUUCUCAAGGCUGCUUUAACAUUUUUUUAUUCCUGUUAUAUAAUUAAACGAGCGUGGUUACUUGUCUGCGAAGAUUAGUUUUAUCAGUUACGUAGGUUAAUACGACAAAUUGGUCACGGUAAAAAUCGAAAUCCAGCUCUUUUCUUAAUAGGAUUCUGCUUUUGAGUAUCUUUACUAUGGCUAAUUAACCUCAAUACUAACUGAUAAAACUAAUUUUCAUCUUCUGAUUUAUGCGUAAGUCUGCAUGCUAAAGGAAAAGUUUGUAUAGCUAGGGCAUGUCUUUUCUUUCUCUUAACAAUACACAAUCCAGUAGACUGGGGUAUACCAGUCCUCCUAUAUUAUUCUGACGCUGUUCAUCAAUUUUGUUUUUCCUUCAGCUUAGCCCUUUCAGGGUCUGGUCUCGUUGAUAGUGACUUCACGAACACGCUGCGAAAGCAACAGUCCGACUCGGGAGACAACGAGAAAGAGACUAAUGACUUCCAACAACGAUUAGAAAGACAAGAGGAAAGCAUCAAGGAUUUACAGGCUGCAGUCGAUGCUCAAACUGAAUUGCUUAGAGCAAUAGCUGAUAAAUUGGACAUUGGAAAAUAA